GAAAUUUUGGUAAACAGUGAAUUCUAAUUUCAAAAUAUUAUCGAAAAUUUCUCAAAAACUGCAAAAUAAUUGUGUUAUGCUCUGUAUGUGACCUGAUUCUUCGUGCUCCCUUUGUGUCAACGACAUCCAUAAUUUGAAAUUUAUUUUAUGGAGAACACCAGCAAAAUGGAGAAAGUUCCAGGAAAAAUCCAAAAGCUAGACGAGACCGUGGUCAACCGCAUCGCGGCCGGAGAAGUUAUACAACGUCCAGCAAAUGCUCUGAAGGAACUUUUGGAAAAUUCGCUGGAUGCUGGAUCUAAAAAUAUUCAAGUUUUGGUGAAAGCAGGAGGAAUGAAAUUAUUACAAAUUCAAGACGAUGGUUCAGGAAUUAGAGAGGAAGACUUGUCAAUUGUGUGUGAACGAUUUACGACGAGCAAGCUUCAAAAAUUUGAAGAUUUGCAAACCAUCGGAACUUAUGGAUUUAGAGGAGAAGCGCUUGCCAGUAUAUCUCACGUCGCGCAUCUCAGUAUUCUUACCAAGACUGAAACAUCUCAAUGCGCCUUCAAAGCUGAGUACACGGAUGGAAAAUUAAAAGAUUUUCCGGAAGAUGCAGGUGUUCAGAAUCCUAAAAAAUGUGCAGGGAAACAAGGGACAACUCUAAUUGUUGAAGAUUUAUUUUAUAAUAUGGAGACGAGGCGGAAGGCAUUAAAGAAUGCGAGUGACGAGCACAGCAAAAUCUUUGAUGUAAUUUCUCGAUACGCAAUACAUAAUGCGCAAUGUGGAUUUAGUUUGAAAAAGUUUGGAGAUACGAACAACGAAAUUCGAACACCGGCAAAUUCAUCCAUCUUGGACAAUAUCAAAAUAAUAUAUGGAGCAGCAAUUGCAAGAGAAUUAAUUCAAGUUUCAUGUGACGAUUCUGUAACAAAGUUCAAAAUGCAGGGAUACGUAUCCAAUGUAAACUAUUCGACUAAAAAGUCAAUGUUCACAUUAUUUAUCAACCAUCGCUUGGUGGAUUCCACAGGUUUACGAAAAUCUGUGGAAGCAGUUUAUUCCAAUUAUUUGCCAAAAGGAAUGCAUCCAUUUGCCUAUUUAAGUAUUGAAGUGGAACCAAGAAAUGUAGAUGUCAACGUUCAUCCUACCAAACAUGAGGUACACUUUCUUCACGAGGACGCCAUAAUUUCCAGUAUCACAGCUGCAAUUGAAAAUCUACUCCUUGGGGCGAAUGAAUCGCGUACCUUUUUAGUCCAGUCCUUACUACCGGGAGCAAGUGGACCAACGGGCAUUUCAAUGUCAGUUGGUACUGGUCGAAAAUGUAAGGACCCUGAUUCGGACGACUCUUUAGUUAGCUCAUUCUCUGCUAAAAGUGGGCGUACUGUAAUCAAUCCCAAGCAUAUGGUGCGGACGGAUCCAAAACUUCAAAAGCUGGAUCGUUUUCUUAGCUCCACCCUGAAUCCUGACGUAUCUACUCCAACGAGUUUUCAUGACACUCCUUCAAGAUUGUCCAUAAAUGUUGAUAAUGAGGACACCUUGAUUGACAUUGACCCGGAGCCAAUAAAGAAACCAUGUGAUAAAAAAAGUGACAGCAGGUCGUCCAUCGGUGCAGCAACGGCUUCCAGUAGUACAAAAUCAAGCACACCAAGACGCGACAUCCGUCUUAAAAGCGUGAGUAAUAUGCGUGAGAAAAUCAGACUGGAUUGCCACGAAGCAUUAAUGAAUGUGUUUAAAAAUCACACCUUCGUCGGUUGUGUUGACAGAACAUUAAGUUUAUUCCAACAUGAAACUUGUUUGUAUCUCUGUAAUACCGUGAGAUUGAGCUCGGAGUUGUUUUAUCAGAAGUUAAUUUUCCAGUUUGGAAAUUUUGAGAAAAUCAAUAUUGAUGAUAAGAUAGAGCUGAAGGAAUUAAUAGAUCUGGCAAUUGAAUGUGAUGACGGGCUAACUUGUGAUGAACAAAAGGAAACAGUGGUUGAAAAUGCUUGUCAACUGCUCAUGGAUAAAAGAAAAAUGUUGCAGGACUAUUUUUCUUUAAUUUUCGAUUCAGAAGGACGACUAAUUAGCAUUCCAAUGCUACUCGACAAUUACUUUCCGAGUAUGGAGGGCCUUGCAAAGUACAUGAUGAACUUGGCAAGAAAAGUAGACUGGUCGAACGAACAAAGAUGCUUCGAGACGUUUUGUGAUGUAACCUCUCAGUUUUAUGCAAUUCAACCUGGGGAUGAUAACGCCAAUGCAGAAAUGACUUGGAAUGGACAUAGUUGGAAAUGGACUAUUGAGCACGUUAUUUUUCCUGAACUACAAAAGAACUUUCUUCCACCCAAAAUAUUUGCUGAAGAUUCUUGUAUUGUGCAACUAACUACUCUACCCGAGUUGUACAAGGUUUUCGAGCGUUGUUAAUUAUGAGUGGAUUAUGAGUUACUCAUUUUAAGUGCCUAAACAGGAAAACUAGAAUACUCAACUAUAAAAAAGGUUCAAAUCGAAAAAAUGUUGUCUCGGAUAAACUAUGUGUAAACUUUAAUGAUUUAAAGAUGAAUAAAUUAACGCCACUUAAAUGCUA